AUGCUGAAGAUUCCCAUCCGUGUCCUCCAGGCUUUCCCGCGAUCUCUUCCCGCGAGUUUCUGCCGCAGUUGUAGUAGUGUAACUGCUGGUUACACCCCGGGAGGGGAGAAUGACCCUGACGCAUACAGAAGAGCCAUGUCGGCAAAGAUUGACAACUUGAAGAAACGGUUGGAGGAUCCCACGAGGUUCAAGAACAUCAACGAUAGAGAUGAGAGCAGCAUCGUUCCAGCAGCCGUCACGGAGGCCAUGGUAACCGGAAAGUAUCUUAGUGUCUAUCGCGGAAUCGAUAUGCUGAAAGGCCCCGAGGAUAUGGCCAUCCUUUAUCAAAUGCUGUGGAAUGUGAAGCCACGUACAGUUAUAGAGCUGGGAUCAUUCACUGGAGCAUCUGCUCUCUGGAUUGCUGACUCCUUGAAUGGAGCCAACAUAGAGUGCAGUGUGUUUUCCGCGGACAUUGAUCUCUCUCUUCUUCACUCCGACAUCAGCUCCUUCAAACCUCCUAACUUGUCCUUUAUUGAGGGUGAUUGCAAUGACAUUGAAAAUGUUUUUCCAUCCGAGUUCCUCAAGGCUCAACCUCAUCCGUUUGUUGUGAUUGAUGAUGCUCACGCAAACUUCGACAAAGUCAUGGACUAUUUUCACUCCCACCUAAUUCCUGGAGACUACAUGAUUUGUGAAGACACAUGUCCUAAUAUUCUAGCCUCUGCAUUGGGCUCUAGUGAAGAUAAAGAGCUUCUGGGGUUUGAAAAGCUUCAUAGUUGGAAGAAGUUCCUCAACAGGCACCACGACAUGUACGCUGUGGACUCUUUCUAUUCCGAUUACUUUGGUUACAAUGCCUCGAGUAACUGGAAUGGCUAUGUCAGACGAAUGAAGUGA